AUGUCACUACAGUGCAAAAUAGCCCAUUAUGCAUUCCGUGUUUUACACAGACACAGAAAAAUACGAGAGGAAUCGCUAAGAAUUCCGCUUGAUGGAAGUGUGAAAGUUACGGAUUACUCCAAUAACGGUUAUAGUGUAUACGAUCCAAAGGAAGUGGUUGAUAGAGCAAGAAAAGGGAAGGACCAGUUACCAUCAGCACCGAAAUCAAUACAAUUCUUCAUCAAGUGUAUUGAUAGUGCUCAUGUUUUUACAAACGUUCGGAAAAGUAAAAGUUACAGUUGCAACAAAAAAUUAGAGUUUAAAACUGAUUUCAAUCUCAGGCAGACUUUUCUUCAAAGAUCUCCAUCUGACGAUACCGUAAAAGAUUUAACAACGCAACGGCAAACAAGUAUAGAAACACCUAGUUUCAGGGAGAUAGUUGAAGAAGAUGAAAUCGAAAAAGCUCCAGAAAUUGACAAAAUAGAAAAUAUAAUAGAAGUUCAUGAUGAAUCUGAUGGUAAUAAAACAUCAAAGCCAAAACCCGUUGCAUGCCUUGAAUGUGUAAAACCCAUACAGGUUUUUAAAAGAGAUGAAAUAAAAAGAGGGGAUCAUAUCAAAUUCCAUGGACGUAUAUAUGAUCACCAUGCAAUUGUAGUGGAUAUAAUACAUUCAAAUAAGAAAGAUCAUAAAGUAACCGUAGAAAUUGUACAUGCAUCAAACACGACAGUUGGUGCCAUGUAUUGCUGCUUACGGCCAUUUAGUAGCAUAGCAAAACUGUUACGUGAAACGAAACAAAUAAAUUUGAAAAAGAAUAAAGUGAUGGUAUAUAAAUAUUCAGACACAAUUGAACAUUUUUCGCCCGAAAGGAUUGUUGAAAGGGCAAACACAGAGAGAUCAAACCCGGGUUUCAAAUACAACUUGCUAAAUAAUAACUGCGAGCAUUUCGCAACACACUGCGUUACAGGAGAGAGUCUCAGCUUGCAAAUAGGCAAAAUAAGAAUGAUAAAGCGGCUAUUUGUAAAUCAAGGAUUUCAAGGUAUAAGUGAUGAAGUUCUUCGAAAUAAAAUCUUACAUGAAAAAGGAAUGCUCUGUACACCGUGUUUCGAGAGAAAUACACAUUUAUUAAAUGUAUCGAAAAAGUCGAUAAAAUCAAAAGCUGACUUGAACAUCGGAGAUAUAAUUACAUACAAAUAUUACAGAUGCUGGCAUUCUGCUGUCGUACUUGAAAUCAAACCACACGCUAGUUCACUGCAGUGUAAAAUAGCUCAUUACGCAUUUCGUGGUUUGCAUAAACAUAGAAAAAUUCGAGAGGAAACGUUAAGAAUUCCGUUCGAUGGAAGUGUUAAAGUAACUGACUUUUCCAACACUAAGUAUACUGUCUACGAUCCAGAAGAGGUGAUGAAAAGGGCUCGAAGAAAGCUUGGCGAAAAGCGUUAUGUACAUUUUUCAAAUGAUUCAAGUCAUUUUGCUCGUUGGUGUAAACUUGAAUUAUACAGAAAUCGACUUAUCAGUAAACAUAAAGGACACACACAAAACACUUCGAAUGUUAUCAACCUUAAGUUGACUUGAUGCACUAGCAGUACGCAUCACAGAAGAAGACAACACAUGAUAAAAGGAUUUUCAUUGGUUUCCUUUAAUAGAUUUGGUUUGAACAUAAACCUAGAUAUUAGUUAUAAGGGUUGUAUGGUGAGGGGUAGUAGCUAUGUAUUUGCAAUUUUUGAAAAUCAGUGACUAUAUUUCAUUGAAACUGCAAUAAAAUAGUAAGUAAUUACAGAAAUUUGUAGC